CAGGGCUGCGCUACAUGUCGCUGUACAGUACGGUACGAAGCAUCACAUCCAGUUGUUGUACAGUGAGUCCCUAGGGGAAAUCUAGCAUUGCGUUCUCUCACACCUCAGCCAGGGGACUGGGCUGGAGCAGCACCGGGGGGGACCGGGAGACGUGCGACCGAAUCGCUGGAGUGCUGAGCGGAUACAGCUGCAUAUUCAGAGGCUGCGAGGUGGUAGGUUUGUGAAUCUACAGUGACCCAUGGCAAACUUUAAAGGUCAUGCGUUGCCAGGAAGCUUCUUCCUUAUUUUUGGCCUUUGGUGGUCAGUAAAAUACCCACUCAAAUAUGCCUGCAAGAAAAACAAGAAGGUCUUCUCCAUUGGGUCCAAGGCCGGAUUCCAACGCAUUGAGGUGAUCGAAGGAGCAGUCAAGGCAGCUUUUGCUCUCAUAGGAAUUUUAGCUGAGCAGUUUGUGCCUGACGGACCUCACCUGAAGCUGUACAAUCAUGAAGAGCACCAGUGGGACCAUUUAAUGAACUGGCAACAUUCCACCAUGUACCUGUUCUACGGCAUCUCAGGGGUUGUUGAUAUCCUCACCCACACCACUAAAGCUGUGCCUUUAGCGAUGGAUCGGAUGAUGCUUUCUAUUGCUGUCUUUGUUGAAGGAUUCCUGUUCUAUUACCAUGUCCAUGGGCGCGCCAUGUUGGAUAUUCAUGUCCAUAUCCUCCUUCUCGUGUCUGUAUUUGGUGGUUCUAUUUGCAUAUUCCUGGAGGUCUUUCACCGGGGCAAUAUCAUCCUUGAGAUGUUCAGGUCCAGUCUGUGUAUACUGCAGGGGAGCUGGUUCUGGCAGAUUGGCUUUGUGCUGUACCCUCCCGGGGGAGGCCCAGAGUGGGACCUGAUGGAUCACGGUAACAUGCUCUUCGUCACUAUGUGCUACUGCUGGCAUUACGCCUUCGCCCUCCUCAUCGUUGCUGUGAAUUAUGGCCUUGCCACGUGGUUUGUACAGACCAAAUUGAAGUGCGCUAAGCCAAUGGAAAUGGAAUUGCUGAAGUCCCAGGGACAGGAUUCAGACGAUGACAUAUAGAACCCAAGCUUGUGAGGGUUCCCUACUGGAUCUUUUGCCAUGAAUAAUGUACAGUACUGUAACUUGGUUGGUCAGGAAUCACAGAAGUGUCUUAUAUACAUUAAUUUAUAAAGAAAUCCAGUAUGUGCAGUAAGUGCAUCUCUGAGAGUGCUGAUCUGAGAGCUUUGUUUACAAAUAAAUAAUAAUGUUGCAACUGG